CCGUGCGCUCCGGCCCCAGGCGCCCGCGAGCGGGGGCGCCUGCAGAGCCCGCGACCAUGCCCCAUGAGAAGAGUUUCCUGGUGUCGGGGGACAGCUAUCCUCCCCCCAACCCUGGAUUCCCGGGGGCCCCCAGCCCUCUGCCUCCUUACCCCGGGGCCCCUUACCCACAGCCCCCUUUCCAGCCUUCCUCCUAUGGCCAACCGGGGUACCCGCAGGGCCCCAGCCCCUACCCCCAAGGGGGCUACCCCCAGGGCCCCUACCCCCAAGGGGGCUACCCCCAGGGCCCCUACCCCCAAGGGGGCUACCCCCAGGGCCCCUACCCGCAAGGGGGCUACCCCCAGGGCCCCUACCCCCAAGGGGGCUACCCCCAGGGCCCGCACCCGCAGAGCCCCUUUCCCCCCAACCCGUAUGGGCAGCCGCAGGCCUUCCCGGCGCAGGACUCCAGCUCCCCUCAUCUAGGGACCUACCACGAGGAGGGGCCGCCUUCCUACUAUGACAACCAGGACUUUCCCGCCACUGACUGGGACGACAAGCGCGUGCGGCAGGCCUUCAUCCGCAAGGUGUUCCUGGUGCUGACCCUGCAGCUGUCGGUGACCUUGUCCACCGUGGCCGUGUUCACCUUCGUUGGGGAGGUGAAGGCCUUCGUCCAGAAGAACGUCUGGGCCUACUACAUGUCCUACGCGGUCUUCUUCGUCUCCCUCAUCGUCCUCAGCUGCUGCGGGGACUUCCGCAGGCAGCACCCCUGGAACCUCGUGGCCCUGUCGGUCCUGACCCUCAGCCUGUCCUACAUGGUGGGCAUGAUCGCCAGCUUCUACAACACCGAGGCGGUCAUCAUGGCCGUGGGCAUCACCACUGUCGUCUGCUUCACGGUGGUCAUCUUCUCCAUGCAGACGCGCUACGACUUCACCUCGUGCAUGGGCGUGCUGCUGGUGAGCCUGGUGGUGCUGCUGGUCUUCGCGCUGCUCUGCAUCUUCAUCCGGAGCCGCAUCCUAGAGAUCGUAUACGCCUCGCUGGGCGCGCUGCUCUUCACCUGCUUCCUGGCCGUGGACACCCAGCUGCUGCUGGGGAACAAGCAGCUGUCGCUGAGCCCCGAGGAGUACGUGUUUGCGGCGCUGUACCUGUACACCGACAUCAUCAACAUCUUCCUGUACAUCCUCACCAUCAUCGGGCGCGCCAAGGAGUAGCCCGGCCCAGCGCCCGACAGUGCCCACUGCCUGCCCCUGAGCCCCGGGCACCUGGGCCAGCCGGCCCUUCCCACUGUGCCCUGCACAUCCUCUGUCCCGACCCGUGGCCACAGCAUGGCCCGCCCCCCCGGGCAGCGGCCGGGCUCCGCGCACCCCCCCACCCCGCCCCAUUGCAUGAGCCUGUCCCCAGCCCACCCCGGGUCUGGGGGCGCCGCCAGGCCCAGGGAGAGGGAAUGAGCCAAGAGGUGAGGGCGCACGUCUCCCCUCUGUCCCAGCCCCCCGCCUGGCAUAGAGCACCCCCACCGCGCCUUGCAGCGCUGCCCGCGGGCCGAGGGGCAACCUGGGGAGGGCGCGCACCUGCUGCUGUCUCUGAAUCAGAAUAAACGGGACC